AUGGGUCCGCUAAGAAAGUCGAGAAGUGUCAAUAGGCGGUAUAUCAAUGAAGUAUCUCCAAGUAAAGAUGGUGAUAGUGCUCAAAGAAGCAAUAGCAAGAAAAGAAAGUUGUCUGACAUGCUGGGACCUCGAUGGGCAACAGAGGAGCUGACUUGUUUUUAUGAUGCUUACCGCAAGUAUGGUAAAGAUUGGAAAAAGGUAGCCGGUGCUGUGAGAAAUCGAUCCUCGGAAAUGGUGGAAGCCAUUUACACUAUGAAUAGGGCGUACUUGUCUCUUCCACACGGAACUGCUUCUGCAACUGGGCUGAUUGCGAUGGUGACUGAUCAUUAUAGCAAUCUGGCAGGAAGUGAAAGUGACCAAGAAGGCAUGUAUGGAGUAGGGACAUCUAAAAAAUCCCAGAAACGUGUUCGUGGAAAGGCCCGGCCUAUGACCUCCAAAGCACCUGAUGAUCAAUUUGUUUCGCAUUCACAGACCAUUGCUUCAGAUUACGUGUUUCUGUCAUUGACAAAGAAGAAACGCUCAGGAGGAAAUCGGCAUUGUCCUGUUGGGAAAAGGACGCCAAGGUUCCCCGUUUCAGUUUCAUAUGAAAAUGUUGAUGGAGAUAAAUUUGUUUCUCCUACAAGGCAAGGCCUUAAAAUCAAAGCUUACGCCAAUGAUGAUGAAGUAGCUCAUGAAAUAGCAAUAGCUUUGGCAGAGGCAUCACAUAUAGGUGGUUCUCCUCAGGUUUCUCGAACACCAAAUAAAAGACCUGUGAGUGUUAUGCCAUCACCAUCCAGACGUGUUCAGCAAAAGCAUUCUCUACGAGACAUGGCCGAUACUAAAAUACUGGCUACUGAUAUGGACAAAGAAUUAGAAGCAAGCACAGAGUCUGACAAAGGAGAGUUGUCUAUGUACGUACACUCAUCGAGAAAGGAGGCAAGAAAAUUAGAAGAUAAGAGGUUUGAAGUUGACAGUAAUAGUGAGGAUAAUUUGGAAGACAGCGUGGAAGAAUAUAAUGGAACAGAAGAAGAUAAAAUAUCUGGUGUAACGGGGGACAAGAAGGUUUUGUUUAGAAAAGAUGACACUCCUGCCUUUGAUGCCCUGCAAACUUUGGCCGAUUUGUCAUUGAUGAUGCCAACAGAAAAUGAAGAUGAUUCAGAGGUGCAGUUGAAAGAUGAAGAAGUGUCAUCAGAAGUUAUGCACAUGAACCAACCAAAAGAAAAAGGUAGAUACUCAGGAGUAAAAAUGAAAGGGCAUCCGGCAUUGUCGAGGUCUGAAAUUGCUUCCAAUAAAAAAUCAAGAACUGGAAAAACUUCAGUUUUGAAUGUCAGUGCUGUUCCUGAAGAAAAUCAGGAUUCUCAUCGUUCUAUCCCUAAAACAUCAAGAAGAAAACAGAAGUUGCAAAUGCCUAAGUCCGAAUCUCAGCCUGAUGUUUGUCUUAGUGAAUCUCCUGGAAUUGGGUCUGGAGAUGCAGGGAAGAUGUUAAUCAGCAGCAAUAACAAAUCUUCACAAAGCGCUUCAACGAACUUGGUGAAAACUGCAGAAACUUAUUCUGUUGCUGAUCUACGAGAAGAAGGUAGUGACCCAGCCCAAUCAGAUGUUCAUGUUCUGGUGGCUGACCAGGUCAAUUUACCUAAAGUUCGAAGCAGGCGCAAGAUGCACCUAAGAAAACCAGAAUUUCUGAAGGAUUUGAAAUUCCCUGAUAAAAUCUCAACUGAACUGCCGCUUGCUUCAAUCCACGACGGAGAAUCUUCUUUUAAGGAAAAACUUUCCAGUUGUUUGGAGAAUCCUCAUCUAAGGAGAUGGUGUACUUAUGAGUGGUUCUACAGUGCCAUUGAUUAUCCUUGGUUCGCUAAGAGGGAGUUUGUUGAAUAUUUAUACCAUGUUGGACUUGGUCACAUGCCAAGAUUGACUCGUGUUGAGUGGGGUGUCAUAAGAAGUUCUCUUGGUAAGCCUCGGCGAUUUUCAGAGCAGUUCCUGAGGGAGGAAAAACAAAAGCUUAAUCAGUACCGAUUUUCUGUUCGAAAACACUACAGUGAGCUUCGUGAUGGUGUUCGGGAAGGAUUGCCAACCGACCUUGCAAGGCCUUUAUCAGUUGGACAGCGUGUCAUUGCCAUCCAUCCAAAGACAAGGGAACUUCAUGAUGGAAGUGUGCUUACUGUUGAUCACUCUAGAUGUCGGGUUCAAUUUCACCGUCGUGAACUAGGGGUUGAAUUUGUCAUGGAUAUUGACUGCAUGCCAUUGAAUCCUUAUGAGAAUAUGCCAGCAUUGCUUGGGAGACAGAGCAUUGCUGUUGAUAACUUUUUUGAAAAUCUCAGUGGAAUGGAAGUGAAUGAGCGACCACCAGAAUUCAUGAAGCUUGGACCUGGUGAUAAUGUGGUUAACAAUAAUGUUAUUUCACAAUUAGGGCCUGCAGGUUUCUUGAAGCACACAAAGGUGGCUUCUGCAAAUGCUAAUUCGCAGUCGAAGAAUGUGUCUGAAACUUCCAGUUACCAACAAACAUCAUAUUUUCAAAUCCAUGCAAAGGAAGCUGAUGUUCGAGCUCUGACCGAGCUGACUCGUGCUCUCGAUAGAAAGGAUGCUGUUGUUAUGGAGUUAAGGCAUCUGAAUGAUGAUGUGUUUGAAAAUCAAAAGAAUGGCGAUAGCUCUUUGAAAGAGUCCGAGCCAUUUAAAAAGCAUUAUGCGGCGGUACUCAUACAACUGAACGAAGCCAAUGAUCAGGUUUCAUCUGCUUUGUACUGCUUGAGACAAAGAAAUACAUAUCAAGGGAGCAUCCCAUUGGCAUUGCCUAAGCCGGGCUCGUAUUCUGCUUAUCCUGGUGAUGGAUUUCCUUUAGACCGAGCUUCAUGUCAAACUCAUGAACAAGCUUGGCACAUGAAUGAGAUUAUAGACAGGUCAACAAUAAAAGCUAGGGCAAUGGUAGCUGCAGCUGUGCAGGCAAUUUCAUCAUUUAAUGGUAAAGAUGACACAACCGAGAAAAUUGAAGAAGCUAUAGACCAUGUAAAUGACCGGCUACGAUUGGAUGAUUCUGGAACACCGAUACCACAAGAUUUGAAACAAGAGGAUUCGUCUAGCCUCAAUGCACAAAUUCCUUCGGAACUGAUCUCUAAAUGUGUUGCGACUUUGCUCAUGAUUCAGAAAUGUACAGAACGGCAGUUUCCUCCAUCUGAUGUGGCACAGAUAUUAGAUUCUUCCGUUGCAAGCUUAAAACCACGCAGUUCGAAAAACCUUCCAGUUUACACUGAGAUACAAACGAAAGCCGAAGUCAGUCAAGAACAAGCUGAUGGCCGUACAGAGGAUCAGAAUUUAGAUGCACAAGCUCAAGCUGAUGCCAAUGAAGGUGCUACUGCAACAGGGGAGGAAAAUUUAGAUGUGCAAGCUGAUGGUAAUGAGGAAAUAUUGGGAGGUGAAAAUUUGCAGCCUACAGAAAAUGUGAAUAUUGAUGACCAAGAAGAUUCUAUGUUGACUACCUUUGAUCCUAAAACAUGGGAGAAUCUUGACAAUAGCAAAAGGGAUAUCUUGAUUGAGAAAGGGCCUGUGAGAGAAAUGAAUUUACAAUUCCCUAGUGAUCCUAGUAAUAGGCGCUUUUCAUAUGCUUAUUACUCCAGAAAAUUAAAUAAUGGUGAGGUUGUUGACAGGAAGUGGCUGGUUUACUCCAAACAUGUGGACAGGGUCUAUUGUUUUUGCUGCAAGUUGUUCAACUCAAAUCAGAACAAGGCUUUGUUAGCAUCUGCUGGAGUGAGGGAUUGGAAGCAUUUGAGUGACAAGCUCAAACAACAUGAGAAUAGUCAGGAGCAUUUGAAAAACAUGAAUACAUGGAAUGAUCUCCGGAUUAGAUUAAGCAAAAAUCAAACAAUUGAUGCUGAAAUGCAGCGGGAAAUUGUAAAAGAGAAGGAGCGUUGGAGACAAGUUCUGAAAAUUUUGACUGAUAAUGUUGAGAGGUUCACUGUCAAACCCUUGUCAGAUACUCGUUGGGAGAAUCGCACAAAGAGUGUGCAACCUAUCAGGUAUCAAGCCCCUCAAAUAAGAUCAGCUUUGAAGGAGGUGGAAAGAACUUCUUCUGAUGACCCAAAAGCGGUGAGUGAAGCUGAAUCAUUGGUAACCGCAAUUGAGAAUUUUGAAUUUUUAGUUGGUAUGGUUAUUUGGGAUGAUAUUUUAUCUACUAUCAACAUGGUGAGCAAAAAGUUGCAAUCUCCAAUUGUGUGCUUAGAUGCUACUCUGAAACAGAUUCAAGGGGUGACAUCAUAUUUUCAGAAGUACAGAGACACAGGCUUCAGUGCUAGUAUUGAGACUGCAAAAUCCAUUGCAUCUAGUAUGAAUGUAGAUCCGACAUUUCCUACAAAACGUCAAGGUAAAAGAAAGAAGCAUUUUGAUGAAGAAAAUGAUGAAACUGAGGAAUUGCAAUUUUCAGCUAUAGAGUCCUUCAAAUUUGAGUACUUCCUUGUUAUUGUUGAUCAUGCAAUUGCUUCAUUGACUAGCCGAUUUGAUCAGCUAAAGAAAUUUGAGGAAAUAUUUGGUUUCUUAUUCAACUCAGAAAAUCUAAAGUCCUUGGAUAAUAGUGAUCUACAUAAGUGUUGCACUAUUUUUCUCAACAAGUUUUCUCAUGACAGCAAGUCUGAUGUUGAGUUAGAUGAUUUGUUCGCUGAAUUAAAAGUGUUGCAAGUAACUUUGCCAGAUGAAUUGAUGUCAGCAUCACAGAUCCUUCACUUUGUUAAAGUUGCAGAUUGUUAUCCAAAUGUCUCUAUUGUAUAUCGGAUUCUCUUAACUAUUCCUGUGACAGUAGUAUCAGCCGAAAGAAGCUUCUCCAAAUUGAAACUAUUGAAAAACUGUUUGAGGUCAACUAUGCUACAAGAAAGAUUAAAUGGUUUGGCUAUGUGCAGCAUUGAGAAGGAUAUUUUAGAUAAAAUUGAUCUUGAUGUUGUUCUUGAAGAUUUUGCAUCAAGAAAUGCCCGAAGGCAGUUUUUUAAAAAGAACUGA